GUGGCUGAUAAAAUCGCCUACCUCUUGGGCCUGAACUCAGCUGAUAUGCUGAAAGCUCUGUGCUACCCAAGAGUCAAGGUCGGAAACGAGAUGGUGACUAAAGGUCAGACCGUGCCUCAGGUCAACAAUUCUGUCAUGGCUCUGUGCAAGUCUGUCUAUGAGAAGAUGUUUUUGUGGAUGGUCAUCCGAAUCAACGAGAUGUUGGACACAAAGCAACCAAGACAGUUCUUCAUUGGAGUGCUGGAUAUCGCUGGGUUUGAGAUC